AUGGCCGAUGCCUCGGCCCAUUCCGCUGCCGAAGCCGUAGACGACGUUUUCGACGGUGAAGAUGACUUCGACUUCGAUACCCCAGCUGCACCAGCAGCAGGUUCAGACGAGUUUGGCGACUUUGACGACUUUGGGGAAUUUGACGAAGGAGCCCCCGUCGACGCUGCUGUUUUUCAUCACGGAGGCGAGCAGAGCGGGUUCGUUAGUGAGCCCCAAGAGAUGGAGGAUCAAAAAUCGCUGCAUCUGGACCCUAACGACAUGCCCUCAAAGACCGAACUGCGAGAACAUAUCGAUUCGCUCCUCUCGCCCAUCUUCCCCCUUUUAUCACCAAACCCACCUUUCGAUAGACGGACGGUAUUGACGGACGAACCUGUUCGUCAGGUGGAAGGUCUCGGACAGAUCCUCUUUCAGGAAGAAAGCCGAGACCUAUAUGCGCAACUCAUCACCCCGCCUAUCCUCAAGCCGUUAGACUGGAAACGAUCCCGCGUACGACGAGAACAGCUGAUCAGCUUGGGUAUCCCUGUUAACCUUGACGAGGUGGACUCGCAUCGACUCUCAGCCCUACCGCCACUCCGGAUCGGCACUAAUGCCGAAGCAGGACCUGGACCUGGUACAUCUUCAACCCGGGAUCGCAAUGGGAGGGUUGGGAAGGUCAAGACGGAGAAGCAUAUCGGCCCUCGACCCGAGUUCAACCGGGAUAGAUGUGGAAAGCUAUUGAGCUAUCGAGAAGACCAACUCGGGUUGGUUCCACCUAAAUACCUCUCGCGCAUGCAAGAGGAUCUCGUUCAAGCCUGUUCAGAGGCCGCCAGCGUGCUGGCCUGGCUCAAACAAAUCAACGAGACUCGCGGCGAGGAGAAUCGACGGAGGAACGAGACAAUAGCGGGUCUCAUCGCUUCUGCGCAAAAGUACAAGGCGAGCGAGAUGAAUUCGUCAGGGGGUUUGUUCCGGAAAGGGAGCGUGAAGCGCAGUGGAAGUGGGAGUCAGACGCCGAAGAGAAUGUCAAGCCCGGCUAUGGGGCGAUGA